UUGUUCGUCAAUAUUCCGCGGGGGAGCUGCUGCGGUUUGUUAUCCAAAACAUCGCAUCUGUCAUCUGUUUUAACCUGUCAAUCUGCUCCGAGCGGAGUUUCUCCGCAGUUGGGGGACGAAUACCGUGAUAUAUCAUCUGGAAUGGCCUUGAGCGAGAACGCAGAGGAACUUCUUCGUGUCGUUUGUGACAUUGGAGAGAUAAAGUCCAUGAGGAUUGCGAUCGAGAGCAGCGUCAAGUCGGGGAUUAUUGUUGGUACAGUGACCACAAUCUGCGGGUUGUUGAUGGGGCCGUGGGGAUUGGCCUUUGGUGGCACGGUAGCUGGUGCUACAACAGCUUACAGGAUGAACGGAAAAUUCCGAUCGGUUCCAGACGUUCUCCUCAACGAGCUGAGCAAAGUCCAAAAAGUUCGUCUCGCAAUGGCAGUGAAGAGUCUACUUACCCAGCAGAAUAUUCUAACAGUCGCUGACUUUGCCCUGAAAGUUGCUACGUACGACAGUGUCAUCGGUCUGGUUAUUCCAAUUGUGAAAUCCUUUCUGGAGACAGAUGUGAGGGCAACUGUCAUGUGAUUGAUGUGUAAUUUCUGCGCUUCAAGAGGAUGAGAGGAAAGGGACCUCCAUAUCUGUUUUGUAUUGCACAGACGACUGUUUUUAGAGUGCUCGUAAAGACGAUAGUUCUCCUUUUAUUGUAAAAUUGUACCAUGCAGGAUAAUGUAAAUAAAUGAUUUAUUACAGCUCCUUUUU